AUGUACAUUAUACUCACCUUGAUCUCCAUCGUCGGCCUCGGCUUUGUUUUGUAUCAGUAAGUUGUUUUAGAUGGGAAAGUGGGUGGGGUAGGGGUGUUUUGAAAUUUUUUUGAGAUUUUUUUUGGAAAAUUUUUGAUUUUUUUGAAAUUUGUUACCUAAAAUUUGAAAAUGGUACAAAUUUGAUAAUAAAACUUAAAAAUGGUACCAAUUGUUACCUAAAUUUGAAAAUGAUACUAUUUUGGUACUGUUUAUUAAAAAUGGUAUUAAACUGUACCAAGCUUUAUAAUAUGAUAUCAUCUUGGUACAAAAUAUUUAAAAUGGUAUCAAAUUGUUAUCUAAAAUUUGAAAAUGGUACUAUUUUGGUACUGAAUAUUGAAUACGGUACCAAAUUGUUUCCUAAAAUUUGAAAGCGGUACAGUUUUGUACUAAAUUUUGAAAAUGGUACCAAAUUGUUACCUAAAAUUUUAAAAUUGUACCAUUUUGAUAUUGUAGUUUUAAAAUUGUACGAAAUUGUUAAAUUUUGAAAACGGUAUUAAAUUGUUACCUUAAAUUUCAAAAUUAUACCAUUUUGGUACUACAAUUCUAAAAUGACAAAAAUUUUUAGCUAUUUUAACCACUUCCUAUCAGCCUUCCUAGCCAGGCUCUUAAAAUGCACCGAGUGUCGUCUAUCAGAAGUUGGCUUAAGAAGAAUCGGCCGAAUUAAGCUGAGAUUUGGCGUCUUCACACUAGACUUGAGUGAUGUCCGCUUAUCAUCAAGUUUUUGGAAUCAGGAGCUGACGAAACCAUUUUAUGUUCAAAUUGGCGAUUUUCGAGUGGAAAAACGGUCCAAAGAGGGGUAGGUUUAUAUGAAUUUGUUUUUACAGAGUUUUCGGUACGGCUAAAGCAAAAUUCGAUGUUUCUGUGAACUUUUGGAUUGUCGAAGCUAAAAAUCGAUUUCUAUAUGAGCUUUCUGAUUGAAAACGAAAAAUUUAUUUUUUUUAGAAAUUUUUAGACCGUUGAAGCCAAAAAUUGAUUUUUCUACGAAUUUUCUGGCCGAACUCGAAAAAAUUUUGUUUUUCUAGCAAUUUUUUGACCUAAAAAUAAAUGUUUUUCGGGAGGACUGUUUCACAAAAAAAAAUCUUUUUUGUUUUUGUUUGAUUUUAAACGCCAAAAUUUUAUUUUUCUAUGAAUUUUUUGACCGAAAAAUAAAAAUUUUAUUUUUUAAAGGACCGUUUCACAAAAACAAAAAUUUUUUUUAUAAAUUUUUUUACCUGAAGCGAAAAAUCCACUUUUUCUACGAAUUUAUUGACCGAGAAACUAAAAUUUAGUUUUUCUAUGAAUUUAUUUUAAAAUUUCGUUUUUUAGCUGACUGCUUCACGAAAAAAACAAAAAUGUUAUUUUUCUAUUAAUUUUUUGAACAAAAACGAACAGUUUAGCUACCAAAAAUUUUAUUUUUCGAUGAACUUUUUGACCGGAAACUUCAAAUUCUCGUUUUCUAUGGAUUUAUUGACCGAAAAACUAAAAUUUCAUUUUUUAGCGGACUGUUUUACAAAAAAUUAAAAAUUAUAUUUUUUGAAAUUUUUUAGCCGCAAAAGCUAAAUUUUGAUAUUUCUAUGAAUUUAUUGACCGAAAAACUAAAAUUUUAUUAAAUUUUAUUUUUAGCGGACUGUUUCGCAAAAAACCCGAAAUUUUAUUUUUCUGUUUAACCGCAUUUGAAAAAAUUUUUAAUUUUCCAGGUUAUUGACCGGUAAGCCAAAACUCAGCACCGAAAAUGAAAACCAAGACCAAACAGGACCAACCUUAUCAAAUCAACCGCUAAAGCUGUCGAGAAUCUGGCAUUGGCUUCAGUAUUUUGGCUGUCAAGUUGGAUCGGCCCACUUCGCCUUACUGGACGACGUGUCUGACUCGAUGCUUCACUUUUCGGCCGAAAACCUGACGUUGGAGACGUUCCGUGAUCGGUCGGGUAUCCAACUCGAACUUCAAUUUCUGUUGGCUCAGUUGAAGUUGUUUAAGAGGUCGAAUCAAAGCCAUAUCAGUCUGGCUGAUAUUCAACUGACUGGUCAUUUGAGUGUGGACGUUUCGGACCAGGAUGGGCGGCCGAAAAAGAUUGGGGUGAAUAUGAAACAGCCCAAGAUCAGUCUGAGUGAUAGUAGGUUUUAUAUUGGGGUUGGGCUGGAUGAGAAUUGUGAGGGGGGGGUAGAAAAUGAGUUUGGUUUAGACGAGCUUUAUUUAGGCCGGGUAGGGUACAGGAUGGGUUGGAGAAAUCGGGAUAUGAUAAGGAAUAGUUACAGUAAAAUCAAGGAGUAGGGUUACAGGUAGAAGUACGCGUAGCGGCAGGGGUAGGUGUAAAUAUUGUCGGUGGAGUAGGGGUAGGCCCAGGUUACGGUAGGCCUUGGCUUGUCUAUAUCCUUCAGUGUUAGGCGUGUGGUUUUGGAUCGAGGGGGAGGGGGGGGGGUAAGGGUAGGGCUUGGGCUUAUGGAUUAUCAUCACCCAUACGCUUGUAUUUACCUAGGGUAUACUGUCGGGCAAAGGUAGGGUAAGACUAGCAGAAGGGGUAUGUGUAAAGGUAGGGGUAGGGGUAGGAAUAGAGGUAGGGGUAGGGAUAAGGGUAAUUUAGCAUAUUAUAACUUUUUUAAAUUUUUACAAAUUUCAGCACUCUUUGACUAUCUCCUAGAACACCCCCACCUACUCACCAAACAACCCUCUAAUCAUCAAUCUGAAAACUCAUGUCAGCCUACAACAAUAUCAAGAUUACUAUCAGAUCCACCGAGUUUUGACGUCCAAACCUCGGAUUUUCAAUUCGAAUUCUUGGCCGUUCAAUCACACGAUUCAAUACGAACAAUAAGCCUAACUCUGGCCAAGGUUGACGCUCAGUUCAAGGCGGAUGAGAAGAAUGCCGUGAUCAAGUUUCACGACCUUCAGAUCAAUGACCACGACGCGUUGAGUCGAUUUCAAUGCGCACAGUUCGCUACCGUACUUAAAAAGAAGAAGAAUGAAGUUGAGGAUGAGGAAGAGACAAAAUUACCGGUCGAUUUGGAUAUCAAGUUUAGUCGACCGAAGAUAGAGCUUUAUAAGUAAGUGGAAAGAAAGUUUUUGCGGAUUUUUUAAGGUUUUUGAAAUUUUUUUUUGGUUUUUAAAUCAGGGAAGAAGGGGGGGGGGAGGGGGGGGGGGGUUUAUUUUAAUUUUUUUUGAAAAAAAAAUUUUUGGGCGUGAUAAAUGGGGGUGGACCAAAAAAAAUUUUUUUUUGAAAAAAUUGGACAUGAGCUACCUUUACCCCUACUCCUACCCCUACCCCUACCCCUACCCCUACCCCUACCCCUACCCCACCCCUACCCCUACCCCGCCCCCACUCGUACCCCUACUCCGACCACUACUUUUGCUCCUACCCUUACCUCUGCGCGGAGUCCUAUUUUCUUCCCUCUACCAUUUAUUACCGUAACCUACAGUAAUACCUUAUUUGAAAGUGCGACGUGCGCUCUACUGUUCCUAUUCUAAUGCGCAGGUCGCGGGCUUAUAAACAGGUUUUUAUAGUCAGAUUUUGAUUUGAAAUAUUUCAGACAUGACCUAGCCUGGUGGAUGGAUUACUGUCGAACAAAACCAUUCGACCAGCUAGCUACAAUGUUCAAAGAAAGAACACGGAAAAGAGAAGAGACGCGAGACAAGCAAGACAAAUCCAUAAUAAUUGUCAAUUUGGAAAUCAGCGAAUUUCAAUGCAUUUUAAGGACGAGGAAAGGAGCCCUACUAUCAGUCGUUUCUGAUCUCAUCGUGUUUUCAUCGGACUCGGUAGGGCGUGGCUUUAAAGUCUUUGGUUUUUUUUUGCAGUGAACAACAUUGUUGGACGGGUGGUUUUAGAGUUGAGAGGGGGGGAGGGUGUUUAAAAAAUUAGAAAAGGGUUUUUUUUUGAAAAAAAAUACGGGGGGGGGGACAAAUUUAAAUUUUUUGUCAAAAAAAUUUUUUUGGAGGCGGGGUAGGUGGGGUGGAUCAAAAAAAUUUUUUUUUAAAUUUUUUAAGACUUCAGAGGGUUUGGGGGGGGGGCAUAUGUUCAUGAUUUUUCAAAAAAAAAUUUUGGGCGGGUAAGUGGGGGUGGUUCAAAAAUUUUUUUUUGGUUUUAGGAAAAUUUUUUUAAUUUUUUUUUGUCUUAAGAAACCAUGAAAAAAAAACUUUUUUUCUCUACCCCUAUCACUACCCCUACCCCUGCCUCUACCCUACCGCUAUCUCUACCUCUAUCCCUCCACUUAUUGGUACUAAUGGUGCUAGUGGUACCCUUACCUCUACCACUACUUCUAAAUUUACCGUUACUCCCACUCCUAACCCUAAUCUUAUUCUCAAAUUUUAGACCUUCAAAAGCGCUGAAUUUGGAGUAGAAUCCCUCUGGUGUCAUCGUGGUCACGCGGCUGAUUUCCCCAAAAAUCAACCGAAUUUCGACCGACAUCAGUUCGGCACGGUCGUAUCAAUAGGUGGCGGUUUGGCUGAGAUUCAACGUUUGGACGAGCGAAAACUUAAAGUACAAUGUCAGCUGGACGAGUGUCAAUUUGAAUGGGAGGAGGCAACGAUGAGGCAGAUCGUGGAGUUCGCAAAGUUAUUCAAAAAACCGAAAAAUCAGGAAAAUGAAGCAGAUUUGGAGAGGGAGAAUGAUGCUGAUCAAGGACUUGAAGUGUUGAUUCAGGUGUCGGCUAAAAAGUAAGUUUAUAUUAUAAGGUAGUGAAGAUGGGCUGAGCAUUGUAGUGUAAAAUACGUUUUUAAUAAAUAGGAUUUAAAAGUGCAGGGUAGAAUAUGGUCGGGCAGGCGGGUUAGCAUAUGGUAGGGUAGGAUACGGUAGAAUAUAGAAUACGGUAGGAUGGGGUAGGGUAGGAUAGGGUAGGGUGGAGUAGGGUAGGGUAGGGUAGGGCAGGGUAGGGUAGGAUAAGGUAGGGUAGGGUAGCAUAUGGUAGGGUAGGGUACGGUAGAAUAUAGAAUACGGUAGGAUGAGGUAGGGUAGGAUAGGGUAGGGUAGCAUAAGGUAGGGUAGGAUACGGUAGAAUAUAGAAUACGGUAGGAUGAGGUAGGGUAGGGUAGCAUAAGGUAGGAUAGGAUACGGUAGAAUAUAGAAUACGGUAGGAUGAGGUAGGAUAGGGUAGGGUAGGGUAAGGUAAGGUAAGGUAGGGUAAGUUAGGGUAGGGUAGGGUGAAGUAGAGUAAGGUAUGGUAGGGUAGUGAAUUUAUUAAAUUUAAAAUUCUAGGCUAGCCUUCUUUUUCACCGCCAAGAAGGCUGCUUUCAUAGCAUUAUGGCUAGAAUCCCUUCGUCUCUCCGUAGCAUCUCCACAACUUCGAAUCCACGCAACGGCUUCAAAAUGCAAGUUGGGAACAGCACACUUCGAUCAAACCGUUCACCGUGCCGUCCACUGUGAAUGGUGGCGUUCCAGUGGUCGGACGGCCGAACCAAAAAUGAAAAAUCACGGAAACUGCGACAAGUUGGCAGUAAAGUACCAACGGAACCAAUCGGCCGCUUCGAAGCUGAUAAUCGAACCAGAAUCGGACUUGGAUCUAUGUUGGAGCACGCUGGGCUAUGCUGUGUUUUAUGAGGUGGUAAAGUAAGUUUUGGCGAUUUUUUGCUUUGUAAAGAAAGUUCUUGCUAUUUCUUGUUUUGUAAAGAAAGUUCUUGCCAUUUUAUGUAUUGUAAAGAAAGUUCUUACCAUUUUAUGUUUUGUAAAGAAAGUUCUUACCAUUUUAUGUUUUGUAAAGAAAGUUCUUGCUAUUUUUUGUUUUGUAAAGAAAGUUCUUGCUAUUUUUCGUUGUGUAAAGACACUUUAAUACCAAAUUUUGCAGAAAAUCCAAAGAAAUGCUACAGUCCUUCAAAUCUACCGUAACCCACCCCUCCCCACCGAUGGAACUUCAAAUAAAAUCGGAAUAUUCGGUAGAAUUAGGCUUCGAACUACCACGCGAACAUUUCAUGCGAUGGGUCGUACCAUCCCUGAGCAUUCAACGAACCAACGGCGAUAUUAUUCUAGCCGCUCCAAACUUUAUGCUCGAGUUGGAUUCACAAAUUAUAUUGACUGUGGAGGUAAGUUGUUUUUUGACGAAAUGUCACGAAAAUUAUUGAUUUUUAAAAAAUGUUUUUUUUAAUCAGAAAUUAUUUAGAAAGGUUGUUUUUAUGUUUUUUUUUUACUUUUUCUGAAAAGUUGACGAAAUGUCAAGGAUUUUAUUGGUUUUUGACGAAGUGUCACAAAACUAUUGAUUUGGUUAAAAAGUAUGUAUAAGACGUUUAUUUUAUGUUUUUUGAAUAUGUGACGAAAUGUCAAGAAAUUUAUUUUUUUCGACGAAGUGUCAAUAAAUUUAUUGAUUUUUUGACGAAGUGUCACAAAAAUUACUGAUUUGUUUAAAUUGUAAUUUUUUGUUAAAAAAUCGAAUAUUAUUGUUUUUUAUCAGUUUUUGUGUAAUUUCGCUCUUUACAGGAAGUCCAAAUCGACCGACGUGAACUGAACGCACUGAUGGAUUUGAGUCGAAAAGAAUUCAAGAGUUUGGCCGAGAAGACGAACAAAUGCUGGUCCUGGUCGGCCCAAGCCCUCCACAUCCUAUUCCCUUAUCAAUUCGACUUUGCCAAGGUUUUCGAAGAAGUUUUGAAUGCGGUGAAGUGGAUGAAAUUACUACACAAUGUUCAGAAGAAGUUGUUUACCGCGGAUUCACCUCUGCCGGCUGAUCUGAGGAUAUCCGUCAAGGUGGGUUAAGGUUAAGAAUGUGGCUUUAAGGGGUCUAAAUAGGCGUUUAAAGGGGAAGUUAACCCAAAAAAUGUAUGAGCCUGAGUUUUGUAAGCUUAAAAAUGCAUAAGCUUGAAUUUUGUAAAGCCUAAAAAUCUGUAAGCCUAACCAUGGUUAACAAUUUAAGCCUAAAGAUAAAACUGGGCAUUUAAGCCUAAAAUUGUAUUUUUUGUACAUUUAAGCCUAAAACUUAAGCCUAAUAACGUUAAAAGCACUACUUGACGUUUGAAAAAUAAUUUUAAGCCUAAAACUAAAAAUCGGUGUUUAAACCUAAAAUUCUUUUUUUUUGUAUUUUUAAGCCUACAACUUCAAGCCUAAUAAAGUAAAAAAAGCCAGUUGGAUGUCUUAAACACUAUUUUUUAAGCCUAAACAUUUAAAAAUUGUAUUAUAAGCUUAAAUUGAUUUUUUGUAACUUUUAGGCUUACAACUUAAGCCUAAACAUUUUUAAAAACUAUUUUUUUAGCUUACAUUCGUUUUUUAGCAUUUGUAGACUUAAAACUUAAGCCUAAACAUAAAAAUUUGUAUUUUAAGCUUAAAAUGAUUUGUUGACAUCUUUAGGCUUAUAACUUAAGCCUAAACAUAAAAAAUUGUAUUUUAUGUUGAAAUUGACUUUUUUUAUAUUUUUAGGCUUAUAACUUAAGCCUAAACAUAAAAAAUCGUAUUUUUGACUCUUAAAUUGAUUUAUUGGCAACUUUAGGCUUGCAAAUUAAGCCUAAUGCUUCGUAAAAUAAGAAAAAACAUAAGAUGGAGCCUAAACUUCAAGUUAUAACAUUUUCAGGAAGCCACGUUAAAAAUGGCGGACGAUCCCUUCGAAAUCAACCUUCAAUUAAUCUACGAAGUGCUGAAGGACGAAGUAGUCGAGAGAGAACGGCGAAGGCAAAUGCUGGAACAAAAGCUGGAACAACUAAUGAAAGAGAACCUACUCUUGUCCGAUGCCAAAGUCGACGCUCUAUAUCAGUCGUUGAAGAAGAAAAACGAACAAAUCUACUGCGAAAGGAUCAACAAGGUCCAGAAACAACCCAAACGACACCUUUUGACGUGGCGAAUCAAGGACUUGGAUAUUAAGGUAGGGCUUCUUUGUAUUACUGUACAUACUUGAGUAUAGUGUAAUGUAUGGUACGAUAAAGAGGCAGCGAAUUGUGUAAACUAGAGUGGGGAAGGUAGGUUAGAAUAGUAGGGUAGGGUAGGAUAAGGUAGGCUAGCGGGUGUAUACUGAAGGUAAUGUAGAUUAAGAGAAGACAAGGUAGGGUUAGGGUAGGUUAAAGUAAGGUUGAAUAAAGACGGAGUAGGGUAGUUUAAGAUAAGAUAGGGUAGGGUAGAAUAAGAUAGGUGAAGUAUGAGAGCGUAUUAUAAGGUACGAACGGUCAGAGAUGGAUUAGGGUAGGAUAAAAUAGGCUAGGGCUGGUUAUACUGUAGGGUAGUGUAAGGUAGGGUAGGGUAGGGUAGGGUAGGGUAGGGUAAGGUAGGGUAGGGAAGGGUAGGGUAUGGUAGGGUAGGGUAGGGUAGGGUAGGGUAGGGUAGGGUAGGGUAGGGUAGGGUAGGGUAGCGUAGAGUAGAGUAGGGUAGAGUAGGGUAGGAUAGGGUAGGGUAGGGUAGGGUAGAGAAACAGAAAGCAGGCUUGGGUAGAAUCGAGAAGAGUAAUGUAAGAUAGGAUAUAUUAGAGAAAAGUAGGAUUGAUGUAGGGUCUUAUGUAUUUUGUCAAAAUCUUCACGUUAUGACAUAAUUUAUAAAAGUUAUAAAAAAAUUGUGCGCAAUUACCUAAUUUAAUGAUAUAACAAGAUAGCCUCAGAGAAAUUGCAAGAAACGUUAUUACGCAACGUUUUCUUAUGUAAUUUUACAAUUAUAUAUAACAAUUGCCUCGAUGUAAAACGACCCAACAAAUGACUGCGAGUGCUGGGAUUUGGCUCUGAACUUCUGCGGGGGGUCUUAAAUAGAAAUGGCAGCGAAAAUUUUUGUUGUCUUUUGGCUUACUCACUACUAAGCCUAAGCUUACUAAUCUUAUGUCUAAGCUACUAAGCCUAAGUCUACUAAGCCUAAGCCUACUAAGCCUAAGUCUACUAAGCCUAAGCCUACUAAACCUAAGUCUACUAAGCCUAAGCCUACUAAGCCUAAGCCUACUAAGCCUAAGCCUACUAAGCCUAAACCUACUAAGCCGAAGCCUACUAAGCCAACGUCUACUAUGUAUAAGCCUACUAACUAAAGCUUUCAUUUUAGGCGUUCGCAGACAAAACACUUCACGGCAAAGACAACGUGGUCCGUCUAAUGCGUCAAUUCAAUUCAGAAGCCCCCGUUCCAGAAUCUUUUGGAUUCUCCACGUUAUGGGCACGGUGUGUCGAGUUUGAUCUAGCCGAAUGGACAAUGCAAUUCCGCGACUACCCGCUACCAUACCUGGACUUGAAGGAUGCCCACUUCUGGGGCACCUUAUGCGGUGCAGAACACUUGGCUGGCAAUCGAUCACAACGUGAAGCCACAGUAACCCUGCCGGAACCAUGGGGAGAGUAUACUGUAUUGAGGAACAUGUGUCCACUGAAGUUUUACUAUGAUAUUGAGAGUGGUGAGUUAUAAAGGAGUUCUACUGUAUUUAAAGUUGAUUCAAAACCCGUUUCUGACGUUUUUGGAAAGUUUUACUGAUGUUCUGUUCAGGCUUUUCGUGGUGGGACCAAAAAUUUGGAAAACGAUAUUUUUGUAAAAAAAUUAUGAAGUGAAAGUUAAAAUUUUAUUGUAAACGUGUUUUUACGCUUUUUACAAGACUUUUAGACUAUUUUCUUGGAAAUCAGGGUUUUCGUGGUGGGACUUAAUUUGAUACAGGGUGUUUACUGACAUCUUAUGAAAUACUGCUUAAAAGUAGCAAUGCAGCUUGUAGUUUGCUUCUAGAAGUUAUAAAAAGGCACUUAGACGCAAUGCCAAAAGUUCAGGGUUUUCGUGGUGGGGCCAAAACUUUUUUUUUCAAAAAUUUAAAUUUUUUAACAGUCAAGUAAAGUAUACUGUAAAAAAAGAAAUUAGAGUAUAGUAAGCAUUGCCUUUUUUGUCUUAUUACUUAUUGAAUGUAUAUUUUAGAAAUAACCGACCUACGCACGACAUACGGCCCAUGUUGGGAGCCCUGCCUAUCGAUGAUAUCCCUGUGUUGGCGCUACAUCAAUGCCCCAUCCAAAGACCCAUCACCACCACUCUCAUUUUGGGACAAGGUACGACUACUCUUACAUGGACGAUUUACAGCAUUGAUGAAAAAGUUGUGCACAUCAAUGUUGGCAUCACCAGACCCUUAUAAUGACACGGAACUGGUCGAAAUCACGUGGGAAAACUUUGAAUUCGACUGGGUUACAGGUAAAAUUAUGUUUUUUAUUUGGAAAUUGUAUUUUUUUUGGCAGGGCAGGUGGAAUUUAAGCGGAUUUUUGCAGUUUGCUUGAAAUUCAGGGUUUUCGUUGUGGGACCCAAAUUGAUAUUUUUUUUAGAUUUAAUGAAGAAAAAAUCUUAAUAGAAGUGAGAACUUUAAAAUUUAGCAUAAGGGUUUAUUUUAUGCCACUUAGACAUAACGCCAAGGAUUCAGGAAUUUUUGUGGUGGGACUCAAAUUUAUAAAAAAAGCUCGUAAUAUAGUAAAUAUAGCUAUAGGUAUGACUUUAAAACUUUUAGUUUAGUUUAAUUGUUUAUAAUUUUGCAUUUGAACACAAUGCCAAGAAUUCAGGGUUUUCGUGGUGGGGCCCAUUUCGGUCGAUUUGAAUAAAUUGCUUCACCAGGCUUUGGAUAUGAACAUUAGUAUCAUUUUAAAAAAUUUUAAACAAUUUUUUGGAAAUUUACUAUUUUCAGGCCAAUUUCGAGUCCACACCGACCUAGAUGCCUAUAUCCGCACCGCCUCGAAGUACGACGAUAGUCGCCUUCUCCACCUGCCCAACCUCAAACUGAUGAUAGCCCUGGACUGGGCUUGUAUGGCCGAUCAGCACGAUCAUCACAAUGUCACCCCCAUCGCACCGAACAAGCUACCAGACUAUGUUACAGUAGGCGGCCACGACUCGUACCGUGCCUUCCGAAGCGAGCACGUCGACAUUCAAUUACAACUCGAAGCUAUACCAAGCCUAGACCCGCGAAAUGCACCACAGAUAUUGUUAUACGCGAACACAUUCAGAUGGCUGGACUUUAUGAAAAAUACAUUGACUAUGGUGAAUCGACCGGUAAAGCGGGGCAAAGUCUUCAAUGAACCGAUUGUGAAGAGGCAUCAGCUCAGCCGGCAUUUUAGGUAGGUUUUACAGUGGGAAAGGAUAAUGGAAGGAUGGGUGGGGGGGGCGGAAAGGCUAGUUCAAUAUCAUAAUUUUAAUUUCCUAGAGGCAGGGGGUAGGGCAGGGUAAAAAAAUUUAAAAUUGGUAUGAAGGUGGGGGGGGGGCUGUAAAAAUAAUUUGGUUGGGGAUGAGGCUGGAAGAGAGCUGGUAAUGUUUUUUUACUAAGGGCAGGGUAGGGUUGGGUAUAAAAAUAGUUUUUGGGUCCCACCACGAAAACAGGUUAUGACUUUUUUUGGUAAUUUUAUAGAAAAAAUGAUUAAAUUGCGAUCUAAAAUUAUUUAAAAACCAGUAAUUUUUAAUUUUUUUGCGUAUAUCUUGAAUAUUUAACUUUUUUGGGUCCCACCACGAAACCAUUAUUUGGCGUCUUUCGAUAAAUUCAGAUAAAAAUUAUAAAACGUAUAUCAAAAAAGGAUAAAAAGACACAAAUUACACUUUUCUUUGAUAUCAUGUCAUUUUUAAUAUGAUUUUUUACGGAAUUUUGGGUCCCAACACGAAAACCUUGAAAUUUAAAAAAAAAGUUGGUAAAUUGGGGAAAAAUGGACAAAUAUUGAUGAUUUCAAGGUCUUUAGGCCUUAAAAAUACAAUUUUUAAAACAUUUCUAUCUAAGAAAAAUAUUUUUAGAAACAUCCACUUAAACGUGACCCUACCUCGCUUCCUGAUCUCCUACUGGAUGUCAUUCUCAUCCUCAUACGGCGUUCGAAUGAUCUCCGAAGGCCUGCGACUCACCUCAUCCAUGGUCAUGAACUCAGCCCCACAACCAAGCGAACAAAUUAAACGUCGCAAACGACGUGCCGUGAAAGCAAAUCACGUUUCGGUCCAACUGGAAAAGGCACAAAUCCAUUUGUUCGGCGAGAAACGUCAGCCCAGUCCAGCCGAUGGACUAACUGAUGAUCAUGCUGAUUCGUUCUUCAUGGGCUUGUCAAGACUCAACUAUGUCAGGGAAAGCGAGGCCGAACAGAAUAAGGUGGGUUUUUAAACGAUUUUAUAAUAUUGAAAAUUCAGGGUUUUCGUGCUGGGACCAAAUGAUGUUUAAAAAACUUGAAUUUUUACUAAAUUACGGUUUUAAAUUGUCUAAAAUGACGUUUUUUUUUGUUUUUUGAUUAAAAAAUUGCACUUUGCACACAAUGCCAAGAGUUAACUGUUUUCGUGGUGGGACCAAAAAGCUGUUGAUUAAAACUUCAAUUUUUAGUAAAUUACAGUUUUAAAUGGUUUGAACUAACAUUUUUUAUGUUAUUUAGUUAAAAAAUGGCAGUUGAUGUUAAGAUUUUAAUUUUUUUCGUGGUGGGACCAAAAAAAUAUCAAAAUUAAAAUUGUAGAAAAUCGUGGUUUAAAAUGGUGUAAAAUACGUUGUACAUUGCUUUACACUUGUUAUAUUAAAACAGCGGCUGAAACAGAAUACCAAGGUUUGAAGGUUUUCGUGAUGGGACCUAAAAUCUGAAAAUUUUGAAAAAAACAGUAUUUUUAGCUAACACCCCUCCCAAAACACCGCCGCACCGCCUCGCUAACAGCCAAACUUCAAAACGCCGCCGGCCGAACACCCGACCAGUCGAAAGGCGGCGUCAACCAAUCAGCCAGCUCAACCCAAUUGAAUGCUGACAAACGGGCCGUUCAUCGACUCACAAUUCACGAUCUGAGAGGGGCGUGGACGACCGAGAACAGGGACGCAUGCCUGGCCAUCAUGGAUGGAGUCCAAAAAGCGUACUUGUUGAGGAAGGUGCUCAGCAAUGAUGCUAUGAAAAUGUUUAGUGUAAGGCUGUCGAUUUUAAUUUUUUUCAAAGUUUUUUUGGGCUUAAAGAGCUGUUAGGCUUAGGUUUAGUAUGCUUAGGCUUAAUAUGCUUAAAUUAGGCUUAUUGGGUUUAGGCUUUGAUUAAAUAGGCUUAGGCUUAAUGGGCUUAAGCUUGGGUUUACUAGGCUUAGUAGGCUUAUUUGGCUUAGGCAUAGUAGGCUUAGGCUUAGUAGGCUUAGGUUUAGUAGGCUUAGGCUUAGUAGGCUUAGGCUUAGUAGGCUUAGGCUUAGUAGGCUUAGGCUUAGUAGGCUUAGGCUCAGUAGGCUUAGGCUUAGUAGGCUUAGGCUUAGUAGGUUUAGGCUUAGUCUUAGUAGGCUUAGGUUUAUCAAAACGUUUUUGAAAAUAUGAUGUUAUUUUAGCUGGACGCGGCUCAACAAACCCAGCAGACGAGACAACGACAAGCCUACGUUGAGAGAGUCAUGGAGCGAAGGGAAUCGAAACUGUAAGUUGUUAUUAUAUAGUACUGAAUAGUACGGUGCAAAGAUAAUUUUUGAAAAAAGAUUUUUUUUGUAUUUUAGAUCGGAACUAAACUCCCCCGAAAAAGAUCCAAUGACAGGUGAAGCCAUCGUGGAAGACGAAUCCGAGGAAAUGCUUUGGAAACUGAUAAACGAAGCCGAAACCAACCUUGUGGCAUACUCAGAAGACACGGUAGAACCACCGACCAACUCUCUAUUAGGUGUUUUACUGUGUGCCAUGGACGAUGUGGUACUAAACAAUUGGCAAGUAGACCUACUGAACUCGCAAGUGGUACUCAAAGGUGGGUAAUGACGACGUGAGGAAAGGGUCGGGCUUGAGCAAAAUUGGACACGGCUUUGACAGGGCCAAAAUUAGUGGUUGGCAGGGUCAAAGAGUUUGUGGAAAAUGAAAUUUAGAUACUCCAGGUCAAGAAUUUUGUAGAAAAGUCAAAUUUUGUUAGUUUGAAAAAAUGGACGAAGUGUCACAAUAUUUAUUGGAUGUUUAGACGAAAUGUCUCAAAUUUUAUCGAUUUUUUUGAAAAUGGCAUUUUUGGUCAAAAAGUUUAUAGUAGACAGGAAUUUUACUUUUUUGACAAAUUAGACGAAUUGUCACCAAAAUUUUUGGUUUUUGACGAAAUGUCACAAAAUGUAUUGAUUUUAAAAAACACGACGUUUUAGAGUUAAAAAAACAUAGCAAAAUGAAAUUUUAUGUUUUUGUUUAAAGAAAACGAAAUUUCAUUACAUUUAUUGAUUUUUGACGAACUGUCACAAUUUUUACUGUUUUUUAACGAAAUGUCACAAAUUUCAUAGAUUUUUUGUAUUAAUUGCAUUUUCGGUCAAAAAGUUCAUAGUAGGCACGAAGUUUAUUAAUUUUUAACAAAUUAGACGAAGUGUCACAAAAAUAUUGAUUUUUGACGGAAUGUCACAAAUUUUAUUGAUUUUUGAAAAAUGCCUUUUUUGGAAAAAGGUCAUACAAAAAUCACUUAUUUUUGAUUGAAAUUUUGAAUUAGUUUUAAAAACUUGUAUUUUAGGUCACGAAACCGACAGUUUCAUCCUGGUUUCGGCAGCUCGCGCCUCCAUCACCCAACGAUUCCACCUGCCAGUUUGGCGCAACUCUCAAUUGUUACUUAAACGCUCAUAUGCAGCAUUCCUAUCAGGAAUGCAGUACUUUGCACCACUGACAAUCCAACAAAACCAGCGAACGGAUGUGCCAUUAUAUAAACGAUUCCAGUGGUUGAGCCGAGAGAUAAUCGAGGAGAAGGACCCACGACAACCCCAUGAUAAGGUCAACAACUACUCGAGGAGCGGCGAGGCGGUCGGAGGGGUGGUCACUGGUAAGCAAAUCAUUUAGUCUUUAAGCUUUUAGGCUUGGAAGGAGGUCGUAGGCUUAAGGUUACAUUUUUGUAAGGGUUGUUUCAGUAGGUUUAGGCUUGGUUAGAUUAAACUUAGUAUGCGUAGGUUUAGGGUUAUUGGACUUGAAUUUAAGCCUAAAAUGCGUGCUUAAGUCUAAGCUUAAAAUGGGUACUUAAGCCUAAGAUUACGUAAGUUUAAACCUAAAAGAGAAAGCCUAAAAUGCGUCUGAGCUGCAAAUUACGUAAUCCUAAGCCUAAAAUGUGUGCUUAAGCAAAAAUUGUAAGAUGUGUACUUAAGCCUAAAAUGACGUAAGCUUAAACCUAAAAUGUGUCCGUAAGCCUAGAAUUGCGUAAGCGUAAGUUUAAAAUUACGUAAACAUAAGCCUAAAUUCGCGUAAGCCUAAAAUGUGUGAUUAAGCCUAAAAUUUGUGCCUAAGCCUAAAAUUACGUAAACUUAAGCCUAAGCCUAAAUUAUAUGCGUUAGCUUUAUUCCAAAAUUUUAGCUCCAGUGGAACGUCGCCAGGACGAUGAAUCCACAGCCAACUCUACCGUUCAAAUGCAGCGUGUUGCAUCACGGUGUAGCUGUCAAAUGUUCUUCUGCUACUACUCUGACUUGAUUAAUAUGGAAAAGUUUGAGGAUUUCGUUGUGCCACAAAUAACUGACGAAAAAGAAGCCAAAUUUGGGGAACGGAAGGAUGACAUUGACUGUUUUACACUUAAGGUAAGGGGUUUUCUACAGUUUUUCGAUUGUAAGUAAUACUAAGCCUAAAUGAUAAGCCUACUAAGCCUAAAUGAAAAAUUAUGAAAAAUUUUGAUAAAAUGGUUUUUCUAGGGACUUUUUGACCGGAUUGAGCAAAUUUUGGAUUUUUUAAAAUUUUUUUUGGUCAAUAAAAAUUAAGUUUUUUGAAAAUUAAAAAAUGUGAUAAAAUUGCAUUUUCCAUAAUUUUUGACCGGAAAAACAGUUUUAAAUUUUUUUAAAAUUUUUUUGCGAAAAAAAACAUAUUUUGCCAUUUUUAUACCUAUGAUAAUCCAUUACCAACAACCCCCUCUCUAUUUGGACCGAAACAAAUCAUAAAGCGAAAGAGAGCAGCGUGGCGCAGUGGAAGCGUGCUGGGCCCAUAACCCAGAGGUCGGUGGAUCGAAACCACUCGCUGCUAAUAGAUUUUUUGCGCAGUUUUGCUAAAAUUUUUUGCGGUUUUUUGGUAAAAUAUGGUGUGAUAAGGAUUACUUAAUUUUCUUUAGUGUUUUUAUAAGGUGUUGCUUUUAGAUAUCUGGUUAAAAAUGGCAAAAAAGUGGAAAAUUUAAGAAUUUUUGGGGAAAAACGAAGAUUUUUUUUUAAUUACAGGUGUUUUUGCACAUUUUUUGAUUAGUUUAUACUUGAAAAGUCUUGUAAAGUAUCGGCAAUGACGUUUGAGGACAUAAUAUUAAUUUUAGUUUGUUAAAAAUUUGAAAAAAUGGCUAAAAACUUUGAGAAAACGCGAAAUUUUGAAAAAAAAUGCGGAAUUUUUUGUGAAAAUCAGAGCUUUUUGAUGACAUUUUAAAUGAUGUAUGAUGUGAAAAGUAUAUAAAAUCACUUUGAGGAUCAUACUUUUUACUUUGUAUUUUAAAAAAUUUAAAAAAACGGCUGAAGAACGGUCGAAAACUCAAAAAUUUUCUUAAAAAUGUGAAUUUUCAGCUAGAAUUUUUAAUUUAAAAACCAUUUUCAGCACAACAUGCUGGAAGUAAGCACGAAUCCGGAUCAAUAUCAAGUCAUACUGGAUAUUGUGAACAACCUGGUACUGUUUGUGGAUCCGAAAAAGAAGUUGGCACAGGAGAAACGGCGUCGUUUGUGGUUCGAACUGGCCAAAUUGACCAAGAAUGAGGUCGGCGAGGCAGUUCAGAGACGUCAAAAUGAAUUGAGGGAGGUAGUGGCCCACAUCAGGGCGUUGGAACGACAAAACUUUUUUGCUCAACUCCAGUCCAGUCAGGGUGAUGAAAGGUAAAAUACGGUUUUUCGUUUGGAUUAGUUUUUUAAAAAAAGUUUAGGGUCCCACCACGAAAACAUUAAAAUUUAAGCUUGUUUUUUAAAAAUUAAAAAUUUGUACUGAAUUUGGUACAAUUAGUACUGUGUUGUAUUAGGAAAUCAAAAAAACUUUUAGAGAUUAGUUUUGGGUCCUGCCACGAAAACCUUAAAAUUUAAGCAUGUUUUUUAUAAAAUGAAAAUGUGUAGUGAAUUUGGUACAAAAAAGUUUGGUUUUGUAAACGCUGUUUCAUUUAAAAUGGCAGUAAAACGAUGUUAUGCUUCAGUGUGGACCAAAUCAACGAAGAACGGCAGCAACAAAUCGAAAAAUUCAAGCAACAUCAGGUCACGUUGAUCGACGAGCUAGCCUUAACAAUAUCCGUUUGUAAAGAGAAGUCGGUGGAAGAACAAACCGCCUUCAAUCGACGCCUAAAGGCUCAGAAUGAGGACGAAAGCCGAGAUAACGUGGAGUAUAGUGAGAUCGCCAGACGCUUCGAAGUCUGCUUCGAAGACUGUAUUUGGCGGCUGACUGAAGCCGAUGGACAACUGUCGAUCACUGAGGUUCAGAUAAGGAACUUUUUGUAAGGUUUUGAAUUUUUUUAAAUUUUAAAAAUUUUUUUUGAAAUUUAAAAUUUUUUUUAAAAAAAGGCAAAUCAUGCAAAAGUCAAUGUUAAAAACUUUUAAAAAUGUCAUUUUAUAUCAUUUUUGAACAAGUUCUGAAAAGUUUUGGCAGUUUUCCCGACUGGGACAUGUUUCAUCGUAUAACUUGUAACUGGCAGACUGCAAGAGGUUAAAAACGGGUGUUUUGCUUAAAAUACGAAUUGAUGUUAUUAAAAAAUGUUGGCAGUUUUUUCGGCGAGGAGGAUGUUUCAUCGUAUAACUUGUCAUCGGCAGGCUGCAUAGGUUUAUAAACCGGUUUUUUGACUAAAAUACGAGCUGAUCUUCCAAAAGAAGUUAAAUACAGUUUAAAUUUUGAAAUUUUAAUCAGGUUAAAAAUAUUGGCAGUUUUCCUGACGGGGACAUGUUUCAUCGUAUAACUUGUCAGCGGCAGGCUGCGGGAAGUUAAAAAACGGAUUUUUAUAUUUAAAAGUAGUUUAAUUGUAAAAUACGGUGAUGGCGUUUUUGUCAUUAAAAGUGGAUUUUUGUGGUUGCACGGACAUGUUUCAUCGUAUAACAUGGCACGCGCAGGCUACAGAACUUAAAAACGGCAUUUUUUAAAUAAAACAAGUAAAAAAGGUAAAUAGUUAGUGGCUAAAUGACAUUUUAAACGUAUUUUUAAAAAUAUAAAAGUAAAUUUUAAAGACUUUUUUGGUUUUCUUUACUACCGAUGUUAUCCAUGACAUUACCCUUCAACAUUUGUCAUUUUAGGUACAACCGAACCGCUAGAGUGGACAAUUCUGGCGAGCAUUUGUUGGAAAUCGGUUCGGUCAAGGUCCUAAACCUUUUGCCCAACUCCAAGUAUCGUGAAACCUUGGCCCGCCUUCCAAAUCCAAAGUCGAAGCCAGAAAGCACCGACACGGACAAAACCCCAGCCAUUCGCGUGAUCUGCCGCGAACUGCCCCCAGUAGGAGGAAUAAGUGUCAAAGAACAUUUCGAAGUCAACAUCGUUCCAAUGCAAGCACAGAUCACAUAUCGAUUCUUCGAGAAAAUGAUGGCAUUCUUCUUCCCGGGCCGUCAAAUUGAUAAGGAAGACCAGAAUCUGGACGUGGAGGAGGCUAGCCAUCCACAGCAGGUAGGUUAUGGCAGUUUUGAGGUCACUAACUGAUGUAGAAUGGAAUAUAUGUUGAUUUGGGCUAGAUGUUUAAAAUUUUUGGUUAGAGGGAAAGACUUGACUCCGAGUUGAAGCGUUGGGUCAAGUUUUUCUCUUGAUGAAAAAUAUAUAAAAAUGACAGAAAACAGAUUUUUAACGACUUAAAAUGUGUUUUCUUUUAUUUUAAACAUUUUUGACCAUAGGGAAAGACUUGACUCCGAAAUGACGCAUUGAGUCAAGUGUUUCUAACAAUAAUAAAUUAUUUAAAAAUAAUUGAAUUAAUAUAUUAAUAGACUUAAAAUGAUUUUCCAUAUUGUUUUUGGCUUUUUUGGCCAGAGGGAAAAACUUGACUCCGACAUGAAGUUUUGGUUCAAGUUUUGCUUUUAGUAAAAAAUGUGUAAAAUUGAUUGAAAAUGAAUUUGAAAGGACUUGAAAUGACUUACUUUAAGAUUUUUAAAUACGAGAACACUUGACUCUGAACAUUCAUUUUUGUGUCAAGUCUUACUCUCGCGUAAAAUGGGCUUAAAUGGCUGAAAAUGUAUUCUGUAUCAGUUAAAGUUCAUUUUUAAGUCUAUUUUUGAAAAUUUUUGACUGAUAGAAACACUUGACUCAUUAUAAAAUUUCGAAAUUUCAGAGCUUCUGGCUAGCCAAACGUUUCCGUGGCGCGGUGAACAGUUCAUUCCGCGCGUCACGCCUCAAUUUGGCCACAAACGACCAACAAAAGGGCCAAUCGGCCGAUGAAAUCGACAAGAUGAAGGAGCGAGCGGACAAGAACAACAUGUUCGUCUACAUCAUCAUACCACCAGUACCAUUCAUCGUCUCGUACAAGGGCAACAAAGAGAAGAACAUUGAGGACAUUGACCGCUUCAACCUGACCUUCCCUUUGUGUGAGUAUCACAACAAGAACUGGACCUGGCUGGACCUGUCGCUAGCCAUCAAGAAAAGCUACCGUAACAUUCUAGUCCAGCAGUUCAUGAAGCAAAAGAUCCUGAGGAAGUCGCUACAAACUCAGCCAGAGCCGGUGGACGAGGAGGAGAAGAAGAGGAUCGUACUCGGCAAUACUGAUGCUAUCAACAUCAAGAAAAAGCAUAGGAAGUAG